UAGACCAAAGUACUGCUCAGAUCUACGAGGAUGUUUAUUAAAUAAACUGAAAGUUUCCCCUUCACUUAAUUGAUUCACUUCAUUUUGAGUGUCCAGUAAUUUAAAAAAAAGCAAUGUUAACCUAGUUCUACUAACUCAUGAGUGUCAUUUUCACUUCGGAGUUUAUUGCAGACGUUGAAUUAGGGCUAGGGCCUAUAUUAGGCCUAAUAUUUUUAAAUGAAAUAUUUAUUAUUUUGUUGACUGUUUUUUUCUAACUUGAAAUGAAAUCUAUUUGAAACGAAGUGGUUGAGCUGUUAGCAUCAAAAUGUCUGGGGAAACAACCACUCUGAAGGACGCCCUUCAAAAAGUGGAGGAGUUGGGGGAAGUUCACCUCAGGGAUCAGCAGCCAUGCAUUGAAGCCGUCUCACUCUCCAUCCAGUACAGAGCUAAUUUUGACACAAACUUUGAGGACAAAAAUGCUUUUGUUACUAGCGUGGCCAAGUAUAAGGAGCAGGCUACUCUACAGGCUGAUCUGAAUCUUUUGCUGGAAGAGGGGGAAGAAUAUGCAAUUAUGCUCUACACAUGGAGGUGCUGUUCACGGGGAAUUCCACUGUCUGAGGUUAAAAGCAACAGCCAGGAGAACAGAAAAGAGAUCUAUGAACACACUGUAGAAGUGUUGGAGCCUUACAUCCUCAAACUUAGAAAGUUUUUAAACUUCCAGGUGAAAGCAAUACAGCUCUUCUGUGAUGAAAUCAAGCGUUUGUCUAAUAAAGGUGCCAAAAAUGACUUUGUAUCUGAAGCGUACCUUCUAACUUUAGGCAAACUGCUCAACAUGUUUGCCGUCUUAAAUGAAUUAAUCAACAUGAAGUCCAGUGUCAACAAUGACUUUGCUGUUUACAAACGUGCUGCCCAGCUAGUAAAUCCUGAUCAAAAUGAGAUGCAAGAAUUUGGGAUCUUGUCCCUGAGUUUAGCCACACAAAAUAAGAUCAGAGACACCUUAAAAUCAUCUUUGUCUCAGAUUCAGGGCUAUGAGGAGAUUUUGGCCGACGUCGUCAACAUCUGCCUCAACAUGUAUGAGAAGGAUUUGUACCUAGAACCCUCUGAGAAACACAUGCUGGUUAAGGUCAUAGCUUUUGGUUUGUUUAUGAUGAACCUAGAAACUGGUCCUAACAUUUAUCGGAUGAAUGAAAAAAAGAAAAUCAACCUCUCCAGAAUAGACAAAGUUCUAAAGCAAUUGGAAAUGGUCCCAUUAUAUGGCGAUAUGAUGGUUGCGCCCUAUGGUUAUAUUAAGAAUGGUCCACACUUUGACCCAUCCAAGUGGCCAGCAUGUGAAUCCAGUCAGCCGAGCCUUCAGUCCAACAUCCUGGCCGGGCUGGACACAGUCAGAGAGAGCCACAUGAAGUACAUCAGCCAGAUCUCAAAGUACUCUAAUGAGACGGCUUCAAUGGUGCCAGACUCACUGAGAAGAAAUGAAGAAAACAAAACGCUGACAGAUCUGGCAUUACGAGGGUUAACUCUUCUGUCAAAGUGGACACAACACAUCGUGGAACUUUAUUCCUGGAAGUUGAUGAACCCCACAGAUCCUGCAGUAAAUAAAAAUUGUCCAGAAGAAGCAGAAGGGUAUGAGAAAGCUACCCGCUACAACUAUAGCAGUGAUGAAAAAGUAGCAAUGGUUGAAAUCAUAGCUAUGAUCAAAGGGCUGCAACUUCUGAUGUCAAGAAUGGAACCCAUUUUUGUGGAUGCCAUUAGAUACCACAUAUACACUGAACUUCAGGAGUUCAUUCAAGUUUUCCUAAGAGAACCACUGCGUAAGGCAACAAAAAAUAAAAAGGACAUAACCAGGGCAAUAAUUUUGGCUGUGCGGGAGACGUGUGUUGAUUGGCUGGAUGGGGCGGAGCCAAAGAAUGAUCCAGCACUUAGUGGCAAGAAGGACCCGCCUAAUGGAACUUCCAUCAAGAUCAACCACAGAAACAUUGGACCCUCAUCCACUAUGCUCUACAUGGUGCGUACAAUGUUGGAGUCACUGAUUGAUGAAAAAAGUGGAGGCAAAAAAAACUUGAGGAAGGAGCACAUCGCAGCCAUUGAGGAGUUUCACAGGAAGUCUUUUUUCUGGCACUACCUGCUCAACUUCAAUGAGUCACUAUUCAACUGUGGUGACCUCUCACAGCUGUGGUACCGAGAGUUUUUCUUGGAGAUGACCAUGGGCCACAAGAUACAGUUCCCCAUUGAGAUGUCGAUGCCUUGGAUACUAACAGAUCACAUCCUGGAGACCAAGGAAGCCUCAAUGAUGGAGUAUAUUUUGUACCCUCUGGAUUUGUACAAUGACAGCGCUCAGUAUGCACUUCUCAAGUUCAAGAAACAAUUUCUUUACGAUGAGGUUGAGGCAGAGGUGAACUUGUGUUUUGACAUGCUGGUGUACAAACUUAGCGACCAGAUAUUUGCCUAUUACAAGCAGCUAGCAGCAAGCAUCAUGCUAGACAAAAAGUUUUAUGCGGAGGCGAAGCGCCAGAAUCUGAAGGUGAACUACCCACCAUCCAACAGAUACCAGACAUUGCUGAAGCUAAGGCACAUGCAGCUGCUGGGUCGCAGCAUUGAUCUGAACAGUCUGAUCAGCUCAAUGGUCAACGGUUUGAUUCAAAAGUCUCUAGAUGUCGCUAUCACAAGGUUUGAAGCAGGGGACAUAACUGGAAUAAUGGAGCUGGAGGGUCUGCUAGAGGUGAACCGCAGAGCCCACAAGUUGAUGAGUGAACACCUGUCACUGACUGACUUUGAUGCCAUGCUCCUAGAGGCCAACAACAACGUCAUCGAGACCCAGGGGAAGAAUAUCAGGAGGAUAACUCUACAGGUUUUUCUGGAAAUCAAGAGUGACCUCCUGCCUAACUACUGCUACAACAGCUCCACCUGCAGAUUUGUGAAGGGUGUGUUAGAGUUUGAAACUGUCAAAAGAGAAAAGCUCCCACAGAUGUCAGUUCAAUAUGUCUGGGGAACAAAGGACUUGAACCGGUCUUUUAAAUUGAUCUACGGCCUGUACAGUGGAUUUAUUGGAGCGCCACACUUUGGUGCCAUGUAUCGUCUACUAGGUUACCAGGGUAUAGCCACAGUCAUCUCCCUUUUGUUGGAGAUUGUUGAAUCUUUGCUGAAAGGAACAACACUGGAGUAUGUUAAAACAAUCAUGAAUGUCAUGCCACCACAGAUGAAGCUGCCACUCUUUAACUAUGGCUCACCAGGUAUCCUGGGCUUCUAUCAACUAAAUCUUGUCGAUUUGAUUUCCUAUUCUGAUUUGAAAACAAUGGUCUUUAAUGAUUUCAAUCAGAUCGGCAACGCUAUUUUGUGCUGUAUGUUGAUUGAACAGGCAUUGUUUCAAGAUGAGCUGUGUGAUUUGAAACAAGCUGCGCCAUUCCUAAACCACAUUCCUCGGCCCAUCAAGCCAAAAGAUGAAGAGAAGAAAGUUGACGUGCAGGCCCAGGCGGUGAUCAAUCACCUGGAAAAAUAUUUUUCUAACCUGAAUGUAGUCACAGUUGUGGAGAAACAGGGCACGCAAAAUCAAGCUAAAGUGGCCACUGAUGUGAUAGAGCUGACGAAAGAAAGGCUGUGUCGAGGUUUGACCAUCUUUGAGUAUUUUCUCAAGCGCAUCAAAACUUUCCUGGUCGACCCCCUGUGGAGGGGUGAACCCCCAGCCAACGGGGUGAUGAAUGUGGACAGAUGUGACGAGUUUCAUCGCAUUUGGUCAGCGUGUCAGUUUGUCUACUGUAUCCCAACAGGAGAGCAUGACUUCAAUGUUGAAGCUUUGUUUGGUGAUGGACUGAACUGGGCGGGGUGCACCAUCAUCACGUUGCUGGGGCAACAGCGGAGGUUUGAAGCUCUGGACUUCAGCUACCACCUGCUCAAGGUCAACAGGAUAGACAUGAAGGAUGAGAACAAGGGCAUACCACUGAAAAAAAUGGCCGACAGAAUCCGUAAGUUUCAAAUUGUAAACAAUCAGAUCUUCGACGUACUGAACAGGCAUCUGAGCUCAGGUGAGAAUGGUGACCACGAACCUGCCACAGAACACAUCCAGCUGUUCCAGCCACCUGUCCACCCCUCACUAGCCGUGGCUACCUGAGGCCCUCACUAGCUGCGGCUACCUGAGGCCCUCACUAGCUGUGGCUACCUGAGGCCCUCACUAGCUGUGGCUACCUGAGGCCCUCACUAGCUGUGGCUACCUGAGGCCCUCACUAGCUGUGGCUACCUGAGGCCCUCACUAGCUGUGGCUACCUGAGGCCCUCACUAGCUGUGGCUACCUGAGGCCCUCACUAGCUGUGGCUACCUGAGGCCCACACUAGCUGUGGCUACCUGAGGCCCACACUAGCUGUGGCUACCUGAGGCCCACACUAGCUGUGGCUACCUGAGGCCCACACUAGCUGUGGCUACCUGAGGCCCACACUAGCUGUGGCUACCUGAGGCCCACACUAGCUGUGGCUACCUGAGGCCCACACUAGCUGUGGCUACCUGAGGCCCACACUAGCUGUGGCAUGGUACACAGUCACUCCAGCAAAUUACCCAGUCAUUAGAAAAACAUGCAUAAUUUCAGGUGCUAUUAACCAAAGCCAAAAACUUUUUGAAUAAUCUAAAAACAAGUGCUGCUAGAAGUAUCCAAAAGGUGAAUGUGCCUAGAUCGUUUGUGUGCUGCUGUAAACUAAAUAUUUAAGCUACCAUUGAGGCUCAUCAUGUGAUGUCUAAUCUGUGUCUGAUCUGUAGUUUAUGACAGCUGUCAUUUAGCUGGCAUCAUGUGAUGUCUGUAGUUUAUGACAGCUGUCAUUUUGCCGGCAUCAUGAACUAGUUUUGUUGAAACCUAAAGUGUUUCCUUCCCCAUUUUAUCCCCACCCACCAGUCCGGCCAGUCCAGCAAAUAUAGGCCUUGACAUAUUAGAUCUGAGUGUGUGUCUUUCACAUCAGACAAUGUGAUACUGUCUUAAGCAUUUCACUUCAAUUUGCUGACAUUUUUCUUGUUGAAACUUGAGACAAAUGUGAAAGUUUGAUUGAGGCAGAGCCUUAGGAUAGUGGCAGUGCUGGUACUAUUGUUAUGGUCAGAGUAUAAAGUUUAUAACAACUUUGUUGUGGUAACCUUUUUUUACCAUUUAUUUCACAGCUGUUUGAAGAUGUUUGUAAAGUUUGAAAAACGAGAAUAAAAUAACAUUCCAUAAAAAUCAAAUUAACUAUUAUAAUUCACACUGUAAAUAAAUUUCACUUAGUCUUUUUACUUUCUCGUAUAUACGAAGUAUAGAGAAAGUCUUGUAAUCGUGCAAAAAAAAAAAAAUCGAGAUUUUUGCAAAUCUCGACGUUUUGCAUCUCACUGAUACGGAAAAACAUAAUUUUGCAAUCUUGUCCGUAUGUCUGUGUGUGUGUGUGUCUGUGUGUGUGUGUGUCCGUGUGUAAACACGAUAACUUGAGUACCGUUACA